AUGAAAAAUCAAACACUUACUGAGUUUAUUCUGCUGGGUCUCACCUAUCAACCUCACCUCCAAGUGGUGAUAUUCAUCUUUCUGUUAUUGGCCUACUUGAUGAGUGUCUUCGGAAACCUGGUGAUCAUCGUCCUCACUCUCAUAGAUCCCAACCUCAAGACCCCAAUGUAUUUCUUCCUCCGAAACUUCUCCUUCUUAGAAAUACUCUUCACAUCUAUUUUCAUUCCCAGAUUGCUGACCAGUUUGACAACAGGAAAUAAGGUCAUAAGCUUUACUGGCUGCUUGACUCAGUACUUUUUUGCUAUACUACUUGGGGCAACAGAGUUUUACCUACUGGCCUCUAUGUCCUAUGACCGCUAUGUGGCCAUCUGUAAACCCCUUCAUUACUUAACCAUCAUGAGCAGCCAGGUUUGCAUGCAACUUGUGUUCUGCUCCUGGAUGGGAGGACUUCUGUCUAUCUUACCACCAAUCAUUCUGGUAAGCCAAAUUGAUUUCUGUGCCUCCAAUGUACUGAAUCAAUAUUACUGUGACUAUAGACCUCUUGUGAAGAUUGCGUGUUCGGAUACAAGUGUCCUAGAACUGAUAGUCAUCCUCUUAGCGGUUUUGACUCUGGUGGUUACUCUGAUGUUAGUGAUACUUUCUUACACCUACAUUAUCAGGACCAUUCUGAGAAUCCCUUCUGCCCAGCAAAGGAAAAAAGCCUUUUCUACUUGUUCCUCUCACAUGAUUGUCAUCUCCCUCACUUAUGGCAGCUGCAUCUUUUUAUAUAUGAACCCAUCACCAAAGAAAGGAGGUGAUUUUGACAAAGAAAUAUCCCUACUAGUAACAUCGGUGAGCCCCUUGUUGAAUCCUUUUAUCUACACCCUAAGGAAUCAGCAGGUAAAGCAAGCCCUCAAGAACAUAGUAAAUAAGAUUUUGAAGUUCUAA